AUGCGUGGACACCGUCUGCUCUGUGAUCACACGAUUUGAUGACAAAAACAUAAUAUACAAUAUUUUGAAUAACUCUCUUUCGUUCUUUAAGCUUUGGAAAAUGCAAAUUAACUGGAUUCACCAUUAUGCUUCUAAAAUAAGUGGCUCGUGCUCUUUUGUCAUCAAUUUAUUAGGUAUCUAUAUUGCUCAUGACGACAGAAAAACUCAUCUGGGUAAUUAUAGAAUUUUAUUAAUUUUUCUCAAUUUACAAUAUUUUAUCUUCCCUGAUCGACUUGUUGGUGCAAAUGGUAAGGAGUUCGGCUUUGCAGUCCUAUAAAUUUGUUAUUUCAGUCUUCUUUGGACCAUAAAUAUGCAUUUUCAUAUUUUAUUACGGAUGGAAUUUUCGAAAAGGUAGUCUUUAGUAUGCGACAUUUUGCUGACUCAUUGUGAUUAUUUUUUAAAUGUUGGUUUUCUUGAAAAAUAGUUACACAAAAAAUCCAAAGUAAAAUAACUCUAGUGGAUGUUUUAAAAAAGUUCAAAAUCUGAAUAUUAUAAGAGCAGUGUACAUAACAUGUGCGCUGAAAAUUUCUACAAUUUUUUGACCCUCUGCAAAUUUUUAAAAAUUGAUUUUAGCCUAACUUUAGACACUGUACAGCUACUUUUUUUUUCAGAAAUCAAAUUUCGGAACAAUUGCAUUAUGCCUGAGAGGAAGCUUCAUAUUUUCUACAUAUCCGAUUUUACAUGCACAUUUUUGUAUCGUUAUAUGGUUCUUUUUAGGUACCUCUCACCAGAAAAACGUUGUAUUUACAUUUUUAUUCUCAGAAGCUCCUUCCUUUCUUUCUAUUUCAUUCCUUAUGGUAUAAUAUGUUCAGUUUCGUAUUGCUUAGCUAUCAUAGGUUUUACAUUUACGGUUGGAAAUUUAAUUUUUUGAUACAAUAAUUUCUAUGUAUUUUUCAGAUGUCUUAUUUCUGGAUGGUGGCAGAUACUGAGCGGUUAACAUAUAUGCACGAAAUUUUUUUUAACACUUCCUCACUUCUCUCUAUCUCUCCUCCCUUCUUUCAAUUCCUCAACCUCUCAUUCUCAAGUUGUGUACACUGUUCCUAUCAACACAAAUUUCAACAUUUAAGCGUAGCAAUGUAA